GCCCUUUCUGCACAGUCAUCUGCCCCUGUGAGGCUCAACUCCGUUGUGGGGCAGUCCGAAACGCUCCGGACCACAAGCCGGACUCCACCCAGCAGGGAGGGAAAGGAACCAGAUUGGGCAGAAUACCGAGCCUCACCACCAGCCGCGGAGCUCGAAGCCCAAACAUGGGCAACGUGCAGGAGCGGCCAUCGGAGACCAUUGACCGGGAACGGAAGCGACUGGUAGAUACGUUGCAGGCUGACUCUGGGCUGCUGCUGGAUGCGCUGGUGGCCCGGGGCGUGCUCACUGGCCCUGAGUAUGAAGCCUUGGAUGCACUGCCUGAUGCAGAGCGCAGGGUGCGCCGUCUGCUGUUGUUGGUGCAGAGCAAGGGCGAGGCAGCCUGCCAGGAGCUACUGCGCUGUGCCCAGCAUACCGUGCGUGUGCCAGACCCUUCCUGGGAUUGGCAGCACGUGGGGCCUGGCUACCGGGACCGCAGCUAUGACACUCCAUGCCCAGGCCACUGGACGCCUGAGGCACCCAGUUCAGGGACCACAUGUCCUGGGCUGCCCAGAGCUUCAGAGCAAGAGGAGGUCGGAGGUCCUGAGGGCUCUGAGGCAGUGCAAUCUGGAACUCCAGAGGAGCCAGAACUAGAAGCUGAAGCCUCUGAAGGGGAUGAGCCAGACCUGGAACAACAAAUAGAACCAGAGCCAGAGCCUGAACUAGAACCAGAGCCGGGGCCGGAGCCAGAGCCUGAACUAGAACCAGAUCUGGAACCGGAGCCAGAGCCGGAGUCAGACUUCCAAGAAGCGGAGGAUGAGUCUGAAGGUUAUGAGACUGCUAAAUCCUUGCUUCUAGGCUUGUUGGAGGUUGUAAUGGGGGCCUGAUACCCAAUCCACUGACCAUCAUCCUCUUGUCUUUAGAUUCCUGAAGGUCAGCAUCCUGACCUGCACAAGCCCUACCCAAGCUGGAUAAGACCAGGGAAACUGCCAGAGCUUGACUCAAAAUGCACCGAGACUCCAUUUACUGCAAAAUGAAUAAAUUUAGGAGGGUUAGCUUGGACCUGACUCUCCACAACUCUG